UUUGCCAGGCAUAAUAUCAAAUCUUUCAAUUCAAAUUUCAAUGCUAAGUAAAAAGUAGUUCCAAAAAGUAUUUUACAAUGGGACUUUGUUUUGUUGGCGAAAUCGCAAUACCAGCCAAACUACUUAAUUUAGAGGUUACACUAGUUGGAGGGCAGAGUUUCCGCUGGAGAAAACUCAAUUCGAAUGAUACCAAAUCGCCAUUAUUCCAAGGAGUGGCUUACAAUGCCUAUUGGCAGUUAAGUCAAACGGAUUCCGCUAUUUCAUAUAAAGCAUUUCCAGCACCGGAUGUGCCUAAUACGAAUACACACAAAGCGAAGUAUUAUCGCGAACUGUUGCAGCGUUACUUCCGCCUUAAUUUCGAUUUAAAUAAAAAUAUGGAUAAGUGGCGCGCGGCCCACAAUCACUUUGAUACUAUAACGCCACAUAUUAAAGCUGUGCGUGUGCUGGAUCAAGAACCACUCGAAAAUAUAUUAUCAUUCAUAUGCAGCCAAAACAAUCACAUUAAAAGAAUUUCUGCAAUGAUUGAUUGGUUUUGCUCAAAAUAUGGUCAAAGCAUUGGACAUUUUAAUGAAAGAGAAGAGUUUACUUUUCCUACACUCUCAGCUUUGAAGGAAAAUGAGAAAGAGUUAGAAGUAAAUUUGCGCGAAGCCAAAUUCGGCUAUCGUGCUAAAUUUAUCGCGCAGACUAUAGCGAAAAUUCUAGAGUUUGGCGGUGAGGCGUGGUUUACAAAGUUGCGUGAGAUGUCCUACGCUGACGCACGGCAGGAACUUGUGCGCUUACCUGGUAUCGGUUUCAAAGUGGCGGAUUGCAUUUGCCUCAUGUCGUUGGGUCAUUUGGAGGCCGUGCCAAUUGAUACUCACAUUUAUAAAGUUGCGCAAACGGUUUAUAUGCCCGAACAAUUGGCGACGGUGAAAACCGUCACGCCGCGCAUUUAUGAAGAAAUCGCAAAUCAUUUACGUAACAUUUACGGUCCGUAUGCGGGUUGGGCGCAAGCUGUGCUUUUUUGUGCCGAUUUGCAACAAUUUCAAACAACAAAGGAGUCAGCUAAAAAACCCACUGAUAAGGAGAAAUCGGAGAGUGGUAGCGCUAAGCCGAAAAAGAAACGAAAAUGAAAAACUAUAUGUUGCAUAUAAGUAAGUUCACUUUUUUUUUUUCUUUUUUCUAAAUAAAUAUAUUCUGUCUUUAUUGUAUUUCACUUUGUUGCGUAACAGAGUAAA